CGCCCCAGCCCCGUCCUGGGCAGCCGCGAAUGGCUCUUCACUCGCGAGCCCCUUUGUGUGAAACACCCUCGGAGCCGCCACUCUGGAAGCGGCGCACACGGUGUCCCUCCCCUCCUCCCGGCCAGCAGCACGGGGCAGCCAUUCCAGGGCCAGCCCCGCCGAGCGCCUCCGCCCCCGCCCCACGGGUGUGCACGAGCUUUCCCCCGUCCCCAAGGUGGAGAAACGAAAAGCCCCCUCCCCCCAACACUCACACACUGAUAGAGAUUUACAAAGAAAAAAAAAAGAGAGAGAGAGAGAGAGAGGGGGGGGGAAAGGAAACAACUCAGAGAAUCCAAUAGAGAGCGAAAUCUACACCCAGGGCUAGCGACCAGUGCAUGUGUGUGUGCAGGGAAAACAAUACUCCAAGUUACCUGCCCUGCUCUAGGAGAAGAAGGAGGGUUUGCUGCUGGUUCUCUUGCAGACAUCUGCAGACUGGUGCUUUUUUGGAAGAGGUUUUUUUUUUUUUUUCUCUCUCUUUCUUUACAAACCACCAACGGAUGUGAGGCAAGGAAGGUGUUUCUUUUUCUCCUAAACUCAGGCACCUCUUGCUGAUUCUUCUCAACCUGCUUGGGGUUUUUGUUGUUGUUGUUUGUUGUGUUUUUGUUGUUUUUUUUUUUUUUGCACGAACGCUAACUAAAAAAAGGGGGGGAAAGAGGAAAGGAGUUUGCUUGAUGUUUUAGUGAAAUGGACGUAAGAUUUUAUUCACCACCUCCACCACCGCCGCCUGCUGCCACUCCUGAUACCCCUUGUCUGGGACCUUCUCCCUGCCUGGACCCCUACUAUUGCAACAAGUUUGACGGUGACAACAUGUAUAUGAGUAUGACAGAGCCGAACCAGGACUAUGUGCCAGCAAGCCAGUCUUUUCCUGGUCCAAGUCUUGAAAGUGAAGAUUUUAACAUACCUCCCAUAACUCCUCCAUCAUUACCUGACCACUCACUGGUGCACCUGAAUGAGGUAGAGUCUGGGUACCACUCUCUGUGUCACCCAAUGAACCAUAACGGCCUGCUUCCAUUCCAUCCACAAAACAUGGACCUACCUGAAAUUACAGUGUCCAACAUGCUUGGCCAAGAUGGGACACUGCUUUCCAAUUCACUUUCUGUGAUGCAAGAUUUACGGAAUGCAGAAGGAGCUCAAUAUAGUUCCCACCCUCAGAUGGCAGCCAUGAGACCAAGGGUUCAACCUGCAGAAAUUAGGCAGCCAGGAAUGAUGCAGCAUGGUCAGCUGACUACCAUUAACCAGUCACAGCUCAGUGCUCAGCUUGGUUUGAAUAUGGGUGGAAACAAUGUUCCCCAUAACUCACCAUCUCCACCUGGAAGCAAGUCUGCAACUCCCUCACCAUCCAGUUCAGUCCAUGAAGAUGAAGGGGAUGAUACCUCUAAGGUCAAUGGAGGAGAGAAGCGACCUGCUUCUGAUAUGGGAAAGAAACCCAAAACUCCCAAAAAGAAGAAGAAGAAGGACCCUAAUGAGCCACAGAAGCCUGUAUCUGCCUAUGCAUUAUUCUUCCGAGACACUCAAGCAGCCAUCAAGGGCCAAAACCCAAAUGCUACAUUUGGUGAAGUCUCUAAAAUUGUAGCUUCGAUGUGGGAUGGCUUGGGAGAAGAACAAAAACAGGUAUACAAAAAGAAAACUGAAGCUGCUAAAAAGGAAUAUUUGAAGCAGUUAGCUGCAUACAGAGCAAGCCUUGUAUCCAAGAGCUACAGUGAACCUGUUGAUGUUAAGGCACCCCAACCGCCUCAGAUGAUUAAUUCAAAACAGUCAGUGUUCCAUGGGCCCACACAGGCUCAUUCCACACUGUACCUAAGCUCCCAUUAUCACCAACAACCUGGAAUGAAUCCGCACAUAACUGCCAUGCACGCUAAUAUCCCCAGGAAUAUCGCACCCAAGCCCAACAACCAAAUGCCAGUGACUGUUUCCAUAGCAAACAUGGCUGUGUCUCCACCUCCACCGCUUCAGAUUAGCCCACCUCUCCACCAGCAUCUCAACAUACAGCAACACCAGCCAAUUACAAUGCAGCAGUCCAUUGGAAACCAACUCCCGAUGCAGGUCCAGUCUGCUUUACAUUCACCUACAAUGCAGCAAGGAUUUACUCUUCAGCCUGAUUAUCAGAAUAUCAUCAACCCUACAUCUACAGCUGCACAAGUUGUUACCCAAGCAAUGGAGUAUGUUCGUUCAGGGUGCAGAAAUCCUCCAGCACAGACUGUGGACUGGAAUAAUGACUACUGCAGUAAUGGGGGCAUGCAGAGGGACAAAGCACUGUACCUUACCUGAAAAUCUGGAAAACCUCUCCUUUCCAUUGAGGAUUGCAGGGAAGUCUUUUCAUCAUGGAUUGCUUUAUGCAGUCAAGGCAGUUGUGCAUUUUAUUAGAAAAUACAAGUUGCUAAGCACUUAGGACUAUUUGAGCUUGUGGGUCACCCACUCUGGAAAAAAUAGUCUUGCUUCUUUCUUUCUUUUUUUAUUUUAUUUUAUUUUUUUCCUCAGAGAUCCUUUAACGGACAUUGCUUUCCUUCUUUCCUGAAGGAAAAUUGGAUUACUCAGAUUUUAUGUUGAUUUUUGCUGUGAAGUGCUGCGCUAGUAACUGCCUUAGCAACUGUAGAUAAAAGUCCUGGAUUCUCCAUUGGUUUUCAUAAUGGGUGUUUAUAUGAAACUACUAAAGACUUUUUAAAUGGCUUGAUGUAGCAGUCAUAGCAAGUUUGUAAAUAGCAUCUAUGUUACACUCUCCUAGAGUAUAAAAUGUGAAUGUUUUUGUAGCUAAUUGUAAUUGAAACUGGCUCACAAUAGGGGUUAAAUUGGCAAACAUUCAUAUUUUUACUUCAUUUUUAAACAACUGACUAAUAGUUCUAUAUUUUCAAAGUAUUUGGAAAAAAUAGUAUUCCCAAAUGAGGUUAAUUAAAAAUAUUGGCAUUGUCUCAUUAAAUAGAUAAAAGGGUGAAAAAACCUAGUCUUGGGAAAGAGCACAAACACAUUUAUUUUAUACUGCCUAAAAAUGCUUUUUUUAAAAAAAUCACUUUACGUGUAAUGGUUAGUAAACAUCAUUUAAGUCCUUUUAUGUAUAAAACUGCCAAAUGCUUACCUGAUAUUUUAUUAGAUGCAGAAACAGAUUGGAGACAGCUAAAUUAUAAUCUUUACAUAUGGCUAUGUAUUAUUGUUUCUUCAUACUGUGUCUGUAUUUAAUCUUUUUUUUUUAAUGGAAACUGUUGCGCCUAUUUAUGAAAUAAUAAAUAUAGGUGUUUGUAAGUAAACUUGUUAGCAUUUUAAAGAGGUUUCUUUGUGUUAACUUUUGCUGGCAAAAAAUUAUUCACAACUGAUGUGAAUAUUUUAUUUAGUUUUUCAAUGACAUGAAUCAAGGCAAACCUGCUUUUUCUGAAAGUACCCAGCAUUUAUUUCUGCAUUUCUUUGGCUGGUGGAAAAUGGAAAAAAAAAAGAUAUUUUAAGUACUUCCCUUUUUAAUGCAUUGUAACAGGGAGUUGCCCAAAAUGAACUUCUAAGCCAACAAGGCUAACUAAACGGAAAGGCGCCGUCUGUUAAAUGCUGCCUCUUGGAGCUCAAUCAGUUUUGGUUAAUCAGUCAAAUGAAAUAAAAAUAAAUAAACUGGAAAAGUUAAUAAACAUGCUUCAGCCAUUUUAUCAUGAAUGCAAUAAGUCUUGUAAUAAGAGAUGAGUGACUUUGCUCUGAGCUUGAGGAGGGUAUCACAAAUACUUACUAAAAUGCCAGGUGACUAACAAGGCAGUAGGAUAAGGAGUAAGAAAGCCAAAAUAGAACAUUCUCAAGGUUUUAAAUCAGGGAUAGCUGGGGAAACCUGUUACUGGGGGAUGUCAACUGGGAUGCCUGUCCAACUGAUGAUGAAUACCACUGAUUUGUAUUUCCUAUGUGAAAUAAAAAUGACAGUUCUGAUUCAAUAUAUAUUGUGUAAUCCAGUCAACAUUUUUAAAAAACAAAAGGUACAGUAUGCUUGUUUUGAAAUGAUUUUAGGCAAUGUACAACCUGAAUCACUUGAGCGUGUAAUAACUAAUAAAUAAUGCAGAUCACAUGUGAUUACUCAAAUGACUGUAGCUGAGAGCUCUAAUUUUCCUGUCUUGAAAACUGUAUAAGAACUCGUGAUUAAGUUCACAGUUUAUUGUUUGUCUAUUUAGUCCUUUAGAAAUAUACCAGCACUGCUAAUUACCCAAUGUCUUCUAUUUAUUAUAUUAUAAUAAACUACAUUUUCCACUCUCAUCAGUUCUAAAAUGAGAAGAUAAUUAUUGGGACAGGAAAAAUCAGCUAUAACUUUGACAGGCAGAUUUUUUCUUGUAUGGGAAAGAUCUGUGUUACCUUAAUCUUUUUAGAGCAGCUGCGCAGACAAGGUGUAAAAGCUGUUAAUUACAAUAUCCAAGCAGAAUUCAAAAUACAAGCAAAAAUUAAUGUAAAUAAAAAUGCAUCAUGAAUAAAAUACUUAUUCUGUAUGAAA